UUUUCUUUCCUUCCUUCCCUUAAUUUCUGAGCGGAAACAGUCUUUUAGAGAGGAAAGAAAGGGACAAUAUAUCUUGCCUAUAUCUUGCAUUGGAUCCUUCGCCCUCAACUCCUAUAUUCUCUCUAUCUCUCCUUUUUCCCUCGUCAAUACUUCCAUUGCUAACAUCCAAACAAAGCUUAAGAAACAAACACAUUACACUUCUACUAGCUCUCUUCUUGUCUGUUUUCUUUAAUUCUCGUAUUAUAUUUGUCUUCUUGAUCCUACUUGGUUUCUGGGUCUUGUUUCUUGAAUCAUGUUUUCCCAAUUUAAAUCAAUUUCAGUCAUAGGGAUGUCAAAUCCUGAGAUGUUUUUAUCAGACAAAGAUCUGAAUUCUGUGGAACUCAAUUUUCUUGUACGACCCACGAUGGAAUUUGAAGCUGGUGAGUGUGAUGUUGCACCUUUACGAGAUGGCCAUGGAGAUGAUGAAGAAGAAGAAGAAGAUAAAUGCAAGUUCCUGGUUUCUACGUUGAAGAUAAAAUUGCCGGCGACAAGAGAAUUCGAGAUUGAAGAAGAUCUCCACGAUGGAUUCAAGACUCCGACAUCUUUGGAUCAGAAAAUCCCAGUAAUUCUUCCAUGUCCACCUGCACCGAGAAAACCUAAAUCUCUGCCGUCAAAUAAAAGAAAAUCUUCUCGCCGGAGAGUCCUUCUUGAUCUAUCAAAUGAGAUUGAAUCUUUGUUCCCUCCAGCUCUUCGUGCAGAUCUUGGUGGAAAGAUUAAGAAAGUUAGACAAGAAAUUAACGACAACAAAUCAAAAGGGUACUGAUUAAUUCAAAUUUUUAUGUAUCUUUCUUGUGAAUUUGAAUUACAGUAGUUAAGUCUUUUCUUUUCUUUUCUCCUCCAUUGUUUGGUUGCUGAGAAAAUUUCCAAAACAAAUGGUAUCCCAUCUAUGACAAGAUCAUGAUCUUUAAAUUUCCA